GCCCCGCCCCGCUCGGCCGCCGAUUGCUCGGGCCUGGUCGCCAGCCCAGGGGCCGAUGGCCGAGCGCGUCGCUCCUGCGUCCCUGAGCCGCGUCCACCUCGCGCUCCCUGUCACGGCGUUCGUCCCCGGGACUGGCGCCCGCGUCCGGCCCGGCUCCGCGGCGGCUUGGUCCGAUGGCGCCUCAGCGGAGGACCGCAACCAAGGCGCCCGAGGGCAACGGAGCGUCUGAGCGCCGGAACCGGAGCAGCACCAAGAAGGACCGAGCCCCACGGGAGGUGCAGAGGCUGUGGCAGAGGCCGUGGCUAAGGACCGCGGGCCUGGGGGCCGGCCUUGUGCUCACCGCACUUCUGCUCUGGAGCAGCUUGGUGGCCGACGACGGGGUCGCAGAGGUCCUGGCCCGCCGUGGCGAGGUCGUGGCAGGGAGAUUCAUCGAGGUGCCCUGCUCUGAGGACUACGACAGUCACCGCAGGUUCGAAGGCUGCACCCCCAGGAAGUGCGGCAGAGGUGUCACCGAUGUCGUCAUCACCAGGAAGGAAGCAGAGCGGAUUCGCAGCAUAGCUGAGAAGGGGCUCUCCCUGGGAGGAUCUGACGGAGGGGCAUCCAUUCUGGACUUGCACUCAGGGGCCCUGUCUGUCGGGAAGCACUUUGUGAACCUGUACAGAUACUUCGGGGAUAAAAUACAGAACAUCUUCUCAGAGGAGGACUUCCAGUUAUAUCGGGAGGUGCGGCAGAAGGUCCAGCUCACCAUUGCGGAGGCUUUCGGCAUCAGCGCGUCCUCGCUGCAUCUGACCAAGCCCACCUUCUUCUCCCGCAUAAACAGCACGGAAGCGCGGACGGCGCACGACGAGUACUGGCAUGCGCACGUGGACAAGGUGACCUACGGCUCCUUCGACUACACCUCCCUGCUGUACCUCUCCGACUACCUGGAGGACUUCGGCGGAGGGCGGUUCGUGUUCAUGGAGGAGGGCGCCAACAAGACGGUGGAGCCAAGAGCUGGUCGCGUCUCCUUCUUCACCUCGGGGUCCGAGAACCUGCACCGCGUGGAGAAGGUCCACUGGGGCACCCGUUACGCCAUCACCAUCGCCUUCAGCUGCAACCCCGACCAUGGCAUCGAGGACCCAGCGUUCCCGUAGCCGGCAGCCAGGCCAAGGUGACUUCAGGAGGGCCCGUGUGGAGGCAGCCGCGCCAGUUGUGCACCCGCCCCCACGUCCACCCGCUCCCGUUGCACAGAGUGCCUUAGGAAUUCUCCGAUUCUGAUUUGCUGAUGUGUUAAUCUUUUCAUCCGUGAGUAAAUGGAGGGAACCAGCUUUUCACUUCUCCAGCAUCGUGUGUGCUUGGGCUGUAGGCCUGGGAGCCUGAGCUGGAGGCCAGCCCCUCCCUCAGGAAAGGGACCCAGCAGGACGGGGCGCAAGUCCCCAUCUGUGAACAGACGGGACUCAUCCACCCCGGCCUCGUCCAGGUUCAGCAAUCCCCCGGCCCAUCAAAGACUGGCUAAAGCAUCAGCCAUAAAUGGGGACAAACGUGGGGCCAGCAGCUUCCACUGGGGUCUCGGCAUCAGCAAACCGCAGCAGCUUUGGAGAAGGGUCCCUGAGUGGCGGCUCUGGAGGCAGCAAUGGGGUCCUUUGGGGUGGGUGGGAGUUCUGCUGGAUUCAGGUGGAGGUGAACAUCUGCUGUUCCCACAGCCCUGCGUGCACCCCCAAUGCUGCUGGCCCACAAAUCACCAUGGGCACCACGGCCCCACCACGCCAGGCUCGGCCCUGUCAGUGGCCAGCAUCCCGAGGGCCAGGGUCCGAGUGUCCUCACCAAGGAGGCUCUUGGCGUCGCUGUGCCGGCUCCCGUGGGCCUUCUGCUGGGUCGAGGCUAGGUCUCCUCCUCCCCCUUUGCCCUGGCAUUAAACUGAUGGUCAGGCUGGGUGCAGUGGCUCACACCUGUAAUCUCAGCACUGUGGGAAGCCAAGGCGGGAGGAUAACUUGACAUCAGGAGUUCAAGACCAGCCUGGCCAACAUAGCGAAACCCCGUCUCUACUAAAAAUACAAAAACAAAUUAGCCAGGCGUGGUGGUGCAAGCCUAUAAUCCCAGCUACUGGGGAGGCUGAGGCAGGAGAAUCGCUUGAACCCAGGGGCAGAGGUUGCAGUGAACCAAGAUCCUGCCACUGCACUCCAGCCUGGGUAACAGAGUGAGACUCCAUCUUAAAAAUAUAAAAAUAAAGUGGUGGUCAGAGGAGCCCCGAAUAGACCAGCUGUGGAGAGGCCUGGGUGGGGUGGCUGGCAGGGAGGGCAGGCCAAGCCCAGUUUCUGCCCACAGCCACCUCGAGGUGACUGUCCAGGGGUUUGGGCACCUUCCUGGGAGGGGGACGGCCGCCCACCCUGAGUGGUGUCGAAGCCAGGCUCUCCUGGAUGCCCUGACCUAGCUGCCUGGGGAGAGCCCUGGGCCCUUCCUCCCUCAGCCCCUCCUCCCUUGGCCCCUCCUGCCUUGGUCCCUCCUCCCUCAGCCUGUCUGGCAUAGAUCCAUGUUCCCCAGCCCCUGGCACAGGUACCUCUGACUGGAGGAGGCCCCACCUGUGGCCCGGGAGCUGAUCUGGGGGUUGAUAAAGAAAGGGGCAGCGUUCCUGGGCCCUGGGAAGGAGUGGGCGUGAGGCCAGCUGAGGCAUGGUGACCCCUGGGAAUGAGCGAGUGUGAGGCCAGCUGAGGCAUGGUGACCCCGGGGUGCGGGGGACUUGGGGGCCGCACCUCAGUUUGCCCAGGGCCCCUCCUGCACCACGGGCCUUCUCAGGGCUAUUGGGGCCACGGGCCACAUGCGGAGGACGGCGUGGGUUAGGCUCCGUGGGUCCACAGCUUCUGCCCGUGUAUGGGGAGCCCUCCUUGGUCAGGGCUGCAGGCUCUGGGCAGGUGGGGCAGGAACCCUGAAGCUCCCGCGCCCUCCCGUGGCCUCUGACGUGGGACACUGGAGCGAGGCACGAUUCUGAAGGACUCCAUGGAUCUGGGAGGAUGAGGCUCACCUCCGGUUGGUGGACAAAGCGGUCCUCGCGGGGCCGGCUGCUUCACGGACGCUCUCCGGGUCGGGCCGGUGGGCCCCAUCCUGGGUGGGAAGUCGCCCGAGCCUGGGCCACCCUUGAGCUUCUCCCAGUCUUGACUUUCCGGAGGGUCCGUGGCUGUGGUCACGGUCGGGGCAGGUGGGAAAUGCUGCAUGGAAACCUGAUCCUGUCACCUUGGAGUAAAUGACAAUGUCGCCGGCUUCUCGCCACGUCUAAUGGAUAAAUGCAUUUGAAGAAAGUGGGUGUUGGGUUUGUUAUGGGUUAAAGUGUUUUUGAAAUAGCUAAA